GAAUACUGUUAGUUUCAAUUUUAGAGUGUAAUAGAAGUUGCCCAACCAACUACAUCUUAUAAAAGAUUUUCUUUAUUCUUCAUUGUUAGUUCUUCGAUCAUGGUUGAGAAAAUAAAUCCUCAAGAAAAUGCGAAUAUAUUUUUAAAGUGUACCUUCACAUGGUUUAUCCCAACAAUUAUUAAAAGAUACAAACAAGAAUUAUCAGAAAAAGAUCUUUUUACACUUUUAUUUAAUCACCAAUCAAAUCGUUUAGGAGAUCUUUUAGAACACGAAUGGGAAAAAGAAAAAUUAAAAAAAUCACCAUCUUUAUGGAAAGUUGUGAUCAAAAUUUUUGGAAAAUCUUUUCUUUUAUACUCAACUCUAUCAAUAGCAACCGAACUUGUAUUUAAGUACAAUUUAAAAUUUUUCACGUUCAUUUUUAGACUUAUUUAAUUACAGAACACUUCAAUGUUUGUCAUUUAUCGUUUUAAUGAAACAUUUUUCCCAAGAUGAUCAAUCACAAAAUGAAAAACAUAAAAUUCACGCUUUUAUAUCUGCUGGUAUUUUAACAUUUUCAAGUUUAGCAAUAAUCAUCGGUCAACAUCAGUGUAUGUACAAUUAUAGAUUACUUGGAAUGAGAGUUAGAAUUGCUUGUAGCUCUUUGAUAUACAGAAAAUCCUUGAAAAUAAGUAAAAGGUCGGAUAGUGGUGGUAUAAACAUUGGACGUAUUAUCAAUUUGAUAACAAACGACGUUAAUCGUUUCGAUUAUUUUGUACCAUUAAUAAAUAACUUAUGGAUAUGUCCUAUUCAAAUUAUUAUUGUAGUAAUAAUUAUUUUUUACGUAAUCGGAUGGACUGGUAUUGUUGGUGUUAUUAUAUUUAUUUUUAUAAUUCCUAUUCAUGUUUUUAUUGGAAAAAAAUUAACCGCAUUGAGACGAAAAACGGCGAAAAUUACCGACGAAAGAAUUAAAAUGUUGAAUGAAAUCAUUUUUGGGAUCAAAACCAUCAAAAUUUUAGCUUGGGAGAAACCAAUCACUUUUAUGUUAAAACAAACUAGAAAGAAAGAAAUUAAAUAUCUUCGCUCAACUUCCAUUUUCUUAGCACUAUUAAUGUCUUUUAUGUAUUUCCUUCCAAAACUCGCAUUAUUUUCAAGUAUAUUAACAUAUUCCUUUAUUGGAAAUCAUUUAACUCCAAGUUACGUAUUCGGUUUAGUUGCUUCUUAUAAUUUAUUAACGAUGCAAUUAAAUAAAUUUUUUCCUCAAACUUUAUUUCGUUGGGGAGAAGCUAUUGUAAGUGUAAAAAGAAUCGAAGAAUUUCUACAAAUAAAUGAAAUAACUAAAAUUGAAGAUACAAAAAUAACAAACUAUGGAAUAACAUUAAAAAAUGUUUACUCGAAAUGGAAUGAAAAUUCUAAAGAUAAUGUUUUAAACGAUAUCUCGUUAAGCAUAACAAAACCCGAAUUAGUCGCUUUAAUUGGAAAUGUCGGUAGUGGAAAAUCAUCAUUUUUGAAAACGAUUUUAAAAGAAAAUUUUAUUGUUGGAGUAAUUAAAGUGAACGGAAUAAUUUCUUAUUGUAGCCAAGAACCAUGGCUUUUUAAAGGAACGAUAAAAGAAAAUAUAUUAUUUGAAGAACCUUAUAAUUCAAAAAAAUACAAAAAAAUCCUAAAAAUUUGUGCUUUAGAACACGAUCUUCUCACUCUUUUUAAAGGAGACGAAUUUAAAGUCGUUGAAAAUGGAUCAAAUUUAAGUGGAGGUCAAAAAGCACGAAUAAAUCUAGCUCGGGCUUUGUAUAAAGAUGCAGAUAUUUAUCUUUUAGACGAUAUCUUAUCUUCUAUUGAUUCACAAGUUGCUCAAUUUAUAUUUAACGAAUGCGUUAAGAAAUUUCUUAGAAAAAAAUGCGUUGUGUUAGUUUUGAAUCAGAUUGAAUAUUUGAAUUACGUUGAUUGCGUUUAUGUGGUUCAAAAUGGUAAAUUAAUUCUUAAAAGUCACAAUAAGCAAAAUAAGAGUCGAUUCCAAAUUAAUUUUACUGAAAAUAAUAUUAAGGAAUUAAGUAAAGAAAUUAAAACACCACAAGAACACCUUGAAAGAUGGAAAUUUGAAGGUGUUAAGGAAGAUUAUCGAAAAGGAACUGUAAAUUUUGGGGUUUAUAAAAAGUAUUUUGGAUCAAAUUUUUAUGUACAUAUCUUAAUUUUUUUAUUUACCAUAUUUUUUAUAGUAGGUAAUGCUACGUUUGAUGUAGGACUUGGAUAUUGGAGCAACAUUGAUAAAAAUCUUGUAAAUAACACCAUAACUGAUACCGCUCGACAACAUUAUUUGAUUUCUUUAUCAAGUAUUAUUUUAUUUAUUAUAACCACAUCGAUAAUAUCAAUAACAUCAUACUAUUUAUUGUUUGUUACUUGUGCAGAAAAAUUUCAUAACGCUAUUUUUGAAAAAAUCAUUUCAUCACCGCUUAGUUUUUUUCAUUUAAAUUCUUCUGGAAGAAUAAUUAAUCGAUUCUCAAAAGAUCUUGGAUUAAUUGAUGAUUAUCUGCAUACAGUCAGCAUUGACACCAUCUUGUUGAUCUUAACACUUUUGGGUGUUUUUAUUAUAAAAAGUAUCAUUAAUUAUUGGUUUUGUGUAAUUAUGACAACUUUAGCAAUUUUAUUCUAUUUUAUAAGUAAGGUGUAUUUACCAUUUAUCGUGGCGAUUAAAAGACUUGAAGGAGCGACAAAAAGUCCUUUAUACACUCACAUAAAGACUACUUUAGAAGGUUUAAUAACUAUUCGAGCUUUCAAAAAGGAAGAAAAUUACAAAAAAAUAUUCGAUGAUUUACAAGAUGUUCACACAUCAGCAUGGUUUAUGUAUUUAUCGAGCGUUUUUACGUUUCGAUUUUUAAUCGACGUUUUAAUUCUUUUAUUAACAACAAUUGUCACUUUUAGUUUCUUUUUUAUUCAAGGUGUUCAACCUGGUACAAUUGGGCUCGCAAUAACUCAAUCGAUAUCAUUAAUGUCAAUGGUUCAAUGGUGUGUAAGGCAAAGUUGUGAAGUUAACGUUACAAUGACCUCAGUUGAAAGAUUAAGCGAAUAUUUAGAGUUAAAAUCUGAAGUUGAAAUGAAUAAAGAGGUGAUUUUGAAGAAAACGUGGCCCGAAAAUGGGAAUAUUCAGUUUAAAAAUGUUUCUGUUAAUUAUGUUUUGAACAACGUAAACUUUGAAAUUAAAUCUAAAGAUAAAGUUGGAAUUGUUGGGAGAACUGGUGCUGGGAAAUCUUCUUUGUAUUCCGCUUUGAUGCGAUUGAUGGAGUUUGAUGGGGUUAUAAUAAUAGAUGAUGUUAAUGUUAAAAAAGUUCCUUUAAAAACGUUGCGGUCGAAAAUUUCAGUAAUUCCUCAAGAUCCGAUAAUUUUUUCUGGGACUUUACGCAAAAAUUUAGAUAUUUUUCAACAGCUAAGCGACGUAUUUUUAUGGGAAACUCUGGAUAAAGUAGGAUUAAAAAGUAUUUUUUCAAAAUUUCCUUCUGGACUUGAUACUUUAAUAUCAAACAACGAUUUAAGUUUAGGAGAAAAACAACUUAUUUGUUUAAUAAGAGCAAUUUUAUUAAAAAACAAAAUUUUAAUUAUGGAUGAGGCAACUGCUAAUGUUGACUUGGAGAUUGAACAUUUAAUUCAUCAAAUCAUUAAAAAAACUUGUAAUAAUUCUACAGUAUUAAUAAUAGCUCAUAGAAUUCAAACAGUGAUGGAUUGUGAUUUAAUUUUUGUUGUCAAUGACGGAGAAAUUGUCGAAAAAGGAGAUCCGAAUAGUUUAUUAUGUAAAAAAGGGCUGUUUUUCGAAAUGACCCAAAAAAAUAAAUAGCAUUAAAUAAAA